AUGGCCGGAGCGCGGACGGCGGGGCUGGCGCGCGCCGUGCUGGAGCGGGCGCGGCGGCGGCGGCGGCAGGAGCCGGAGGAGGAGCGGGAAGCGGGCAGCGGCCUCCCGCCGCCGCAGCGGGGGGACCCGGAGCGCCUCGGCGCGGCCUUCGCGUCCCUCGCGAGCCUCGUGGGCCGAGCGGCGGCGGAGUGCGAGAAGUACUAUAGAUUGGUGCCCGCCUGGAGAUGCAAAGAGCAUGAAGUCAAACACAUCUGCAGAUAUCACAGCAGGCAAGCAGGGGAAAAAGAGUUCGAGCCCUCUAAAGAAGAGAAAAAUGCAUCCACAGUAGAAUCCAGUCGAGCUAGAACUUGCCAUCAGCGCACCAGGAAAGCUUCCAAAGACAUCUACAUUGAAGUUUCUCCUGGCACCUAUUCUAUCACCGCAACCUCAGAGGACAUGGUGAAACAAACCCACGUGGUGGACAUCAGCGCAGGACAAAGUAUUGAUUUAACUUUUGUUCUAUGAUGUUCGCUGGUGAUCAUGGGAAUAAAAUACUAGGGUUUUUUUAAAGCAUGUAAUGAACUACACAUUACUUGUUCAUGUUAGCACUUUAGUAGUAUCUUCUUUGGGACUAUAUUUUUAUGGCCUGUACAUCUGUUUUCUACUUAAUGCAAUUAUAUACAGCAUACUUUGUACACUGAUUUGAUAAGUAUUUGUACAUUGUUUGCCUUAAUUCCAAUUAUGUGACUGUGUAAUUCCGGGCUCCUCCAUUUUAAACAAUUAAAGAUACAAUCAGUGGAAUAAAUACA